AUGAGGCUCAGUCCUAUCGACUUGAUCCUUGGGUCCCUCUCUAUAUCCAACGCCCUACUCACGAUCAAGAACAAUGACUGCAAGACUUUUGUUUCAAACCUCUCGCUACCAGAAAACACUACAAUCACCAAUGCAACCCAUCACGCACCUCACACCGUCAAUGUGACCAGUGGAACGCAGAACAUCUACAACAAACACGCCUUCUGCGAAGUCGACGGCACUAUCUCCUACGGCAAAAACUCAUCCCUGCACUUUUCCAUCUACCUCCCAGACGCCCUAUCCUACAAUGGCCGUUUCAUGGCCGUGGGAAACGGGGGCAUGGCAGGGACACUAGACACGGUAGCACUGAUGCAACAACUAAACUCUGGCUUUGCCUCUGCAGCUGGCGACGCCGGGCACCUUGCCAGUCUCAACAACGCAGGUUCAGGUGCUCCUGACACUUAUCUGCCUUAUUUGCACAACGCAGACGAGGUGCAAGCUUGGAUACACGAUGCCAUUGCUCUAUUUAUGCCAUCCGCAAAGGACAUCAUAAAAGCGUAUUACAACAAGCCAGCAACAUAUAGCUAUUACUCUGGUUGUUCGACAGGAGGAGCCCAAGGCUUCGCAUUGGCGCAAUACCAUCCAGAUCUUUUCGAUGGCAUCAUCGCCGGGUGUCCUGGAAACUGGUACUCUCAUCUCGCUCUCUCAUUCCUGUGGAACGCGCAACAUGCUACGCCAAACACAUCUUCCUACCUUUCACAGGCAGUGCUAAACUUCACGGCUAAUGCAGUGAUGGAAACCUGUGAUGCAAAUGAUGGCGUCAAAGAUGGAGUCAUCGGAAACCCUUUGGCAUGCAAUUUCUCCAUCGAUUCUCUAGCUUGCAACAAGAACGCCGCCGCUUCCAGUAGCAACGGCAGCAUAUCCUGCCUCACUCCUGCCCAAAUCACAGCUGCAAAAGCAAUCUACUCGGGUCCCAAAACCCCUGACACGUGGAAACAACUAUACCCCGGCUUUGCCCACGGCUCAGAAAUCCAAUGGAUACUGCAAGAAGGAGUCCUCGCCGACGCCUUCUCCAUCCCUAUCCUGCAGAACUUGGUCUACAACAAUCUCUCCUACAACACUUCUUCCUUCACCUUCACAUCCUCCGAAAUCUCCACCCUCGACGCAAACGCCGGCGCAAAAAUCGACGCCAUCAGCACAAAUCUGACCGCGUUCCGCGACCGCGGUGGGAAACUACUGGUCUACCAAGGCUGGGCCGAUCCUUUCAAUGCGCAAACUUGGCCUUUGCAACACUAUGAGGACGUCACUUCCUUCUUCGACGGAUCAGACAUUUCGGAUUUCUACAAUGUGUUUAUGAUUCCAGGGGGUGGUCAUUGCGGUGCUGCGAGUUUUUAUCCGCAGGUGCCGGCGACGUAUCAUACUGUGCCUGCGUUGAUGCAAUGGGUGGAGAGGGGAGAAAAGCCAGAGGAGGUAUUGACGACGGACCCGAGCGAUGGACAGGUGAGGAGUAGGAAGUUGUGUGCUUGGCCGAUGAUGGCGAUGUAUGUGCAGGGCGACGUGGAUGAUUGGACAUCUUAUGUUUGUGAAUAA